AUGGAUUCAAUCAGAAUUGAAUGGCAGAAGCAAUCCUGUGUUGUAGUUCAUACUCUACCUAAUAGACAACAUUUUCAACCACAAUCGAUUAUCAAAUUAAAUAGACAAGAAAUAAAACCUAAGAAAAAAAAAGUUCAAUUCAAGUUUCGUACAUCCACUCCUGAAGCACGAGCAUUUGAAAAUACAGGACUUACUCAAAAACCAAUCGAUCACAAAGAUCGAUUUUCGAAGAUCAUGAUUAUAUUUCACAAUCAACAAGUAUCCUUACUACUGAUUUCAAUAUCAACAACAACCUUAGUGAGUAGUAUUAGUAUAGGAAAUCAAAGUGGACCACCCUAUUCAUCAUAUACAACUAUUGAUGAUCCAUCCCGCAAUCUUGCUCAAUCAUCAUUAUUCGGAUCAUGCGAUAAUGGAUCACCAUUCAAUGCGAGUAAUGGUGGUUCUUGGAUUCGAUUUAUUGGUACUGGUGAUACUAUAAUUCCAUUAGCAGCACCUGCUCAAGGUCAUUGUGAUGCUUACGUAGAAGGCUGGUUCAAUGGUACAUUACCGACAACAGUGAGUUCUGUAGGUAACGGAACGGCAUGCUUCUCAAUGAAUACAGUUCCUUGUUUUCUCGCCUCCUCUGUAUCGAUAAUUAAUUGUGGUGGUUUCUAUGUUUACUUUCUACCACCUGUCUCUGUUUGUAAUACACGCUAUUGUACAACAUGA